GAAAUAUAUAUAUAUGUAAAGGGGGAAGGGGCAGGCUCUACUUAGUCACCAACGGUAUCACCAGUGUAACUGCCUCCAAUGAUACACGCUUUUUUUCUGAAGUGUGUCUGACAAACGGAGGGAGCAGGAAAGAGAGGCGCAUACAGACUAAGGAACAGAGAAAGAAUAAAGAGAUUGCAUUGCUGGAUAGAUCGGGGGAUACUACAAUUUGAUGUCCUAUAUUCUCAUUUGCCUUUUUUCUGUCUUCUCCAUUCCUUUCUUAUUCGUACGUAUUGAUUUCCUACCUUUUGGCUCGGAUGACAAUCUUGGACCUGGAGUAUUAAUAUACACGACUUGAAGGUGUAGGAUGCUCUUCCCUUUUUCCGAAGAGUAACCACCAGAGCCUCUAGUUGCUAAUGGGACUGUCCGUUUUCAGUCUGCGGUGGCAAAGCUCUUAAUAAAUCGUUCUGGAAGAACUAUAACUGAACAAAGUCCCGAAAUAAACCACAAGAGUGAAAGCAGCAAUGAGUGACACAUAUACCUAUGAAAUGCAAGAAUAAGGUGGAUACUGACUUUCAUGUGACAGGGACAGUGAAGGCUCCUAUCAGCGUGACUGCAGAGCUGUGUUUACUUGGUACAUUCACAAAGAGCAAACAGAAAGAUGUCGGAAGUUUUGACUUUGCAGAUCUUUUUGUUGUGCCUGAGUAUGGUGCUCUGCAGCCAUGCCUCUUCUAAUCUGAAGCAUGGUCAUCGUCGAUGGCCUUCACUUCAUGGACACCAUGAGAAAGGCAAAGAAGGUCAAGUCCUCCACCGUUCCAAAAGAGGUUGGGUCUGGAACCAAUUUUUUGUCAUUGAAGAAUACACAGGGCCUGAUCCUGUGCUGGUUGGCAGGCUCCAUUCAGAUGUUGAUUCUGGAGAUGGAAAAAUAAGAUAUAUUCUCUCAGGGGAAGGAGCAGGUUCCAUUUUUGUCAUUGAUGACAAGACAGGAAAUAUUCAUGCGAAAAAGACCCUAGACCGGGAGGAAAGAGCUCAGUACACCUUGAUGGCACAAGCUGUGGAUCGUGAGACCAACAAGCCAUUAGAACCACCAUCAGAGUUCAUUGUCAAAGUGCAAGACAUCAACGACAACCCGCCUGAGUUCCUACAUGGCCCUUAUCAUGCUAUGGUUCCUGAAAUGUCCAAUGUUGGUACAUCGGUCAUGCAAGUGACAGCCUCUGAUGCUGAUGACCCAACUUAUGGGAACAGUGCAAAGCUGGUAUACAGUAUUUUGGAAGGGCAGCCUUACUUCUCAGUAGAACCCCAAACAGGUAUUAUCAGGACUGCUUUGCCUAACAUGGACCGAGAAGCCAAGGAGGAAUACAAUGUUGUCAUUCAAGCCAAGGACAUGGGAGGCCACAUGGGAGGAUUAUCUGGAACAACUAAAGUGACAAUCAAACUAACUGAUGUCAAUGACAACCCUCCCAAAUUUCCUCAGAGUGUCUACACAAUGUCCAUCUCUGAAGCUUCAGUUCCUGGUGAAGUGGUUGGCCGGAUUAAAGCAAAAGAUCCAGAUUUAGGGGAAAAUGGCCUUGUUUCAUACCGUGUCCUUGAAGGUGAUGGGGUGGAAAUAUUUGAAGUUACUACAGAUUCUCAGACUCAAGAAGGGGUCAUAAAGCUUAGAAAGCAUGUGGACUUUGAAACCAAAAAAGCCUAUAGUCUGAAGGUGGAGGCAUAUAAUGCUUAUAUAGACAAACGAUUUGACAGCUGGGGGCCUUUUAGGGACACUGCAACCGUGAAAAUUGCAAUUGAAGACGCAGAUGAGCCACCAGUGUUCUCAUCACCACGCUACAGUCUGGAAGUACAGGAAAAUGCGCCUGCAGGGACAGUGGUGGGACGAGUCCAUGCCAAAGACACAGAUGCCUCCAACAACCCAAUAAAGUAUACCAUUAAUCAGCACACAAAUCUAGAUCGUUUUUUUAAUAUCCAUCCUGAUGAGGGUAUUAUCAAGACAACCAAACCACUGGACCGUGAGGCCAUGGCAUGGCACAACAUCACCAUCAUUGCUGAAGAAAACCAAAACACCCACCAAAAGGCCAGUGUUCAUGUUUCCAUCAAAGUUCUGGAUGUCAAUGAUAAUGCACCAGAAUUUGCUGAGCAAUAUGAAGCAUUUGUUUGUGAAAAUUCCCAGCCUGGUAAGCUUAUUAUAAUAAUCAGUGCAGUGGAUAAAGAUGAAACUGCCAAUGGACCACGUUUCAUUUUUGGACUGGCACAAGAGGUUCUUAACAACCCCAACUUCACCCUCAGAGACAACAGAGAUAAUACAGCCGGGAUCUAUGUGCGUCGUGGAGGAUUCAGUCGUCAAAAGGAUGACAUUUUCUACUUGCCUAUUGAGAUAAAUGAUAAUGGAAUCCCUCCCCUGAGCAGCACUAACACACUAACAGUGCGAGUAUGUGGAUGUGACAGUGAUGGCACGCUGCAGUCUUGCAAUGCGGAACCCUAUGUCCUGCCUGCAGGGCUGAGCACUGGAGCUCUCAUUGCUAUUCUGGCCUGUAUUGUGAUCUUGCUAGUAAUAGUGGUCCUGUUUGUUGCACUGAGGCGUCAGAAGAAAGAGCCACUGAUUGUGUUUGAGGAGGAGGAUAUACGAGAAAACAUCAUAACUUACGAUGAUGAAGGGGGCGGUGAAGAAGACACGGAGGCUUUUGACAUUGCAACGUUGCAAAACCCGGAUGGUGCUAAUGGUUUCCUUCCACGCAAAGAUAUUAAGCCAGAAAUGCAAUAUCCACUCCGGCCUGGCCUUAGACCUGUGCCAAACAGUGUUGAUGUAGAUGACUUCAUCAAGACACGCAUCUCUGAAGCAGACAAUGAUCCCACUGCACCACCUUAUGAUUCCAUUCAGAUCUAUGGCUAUGAAGGUCGUGGCUCAGUUGCAGGCUCCCUAAGCUCUCUUGAGUCUACCACCACAGACUCUGAUUUGGAUUAUGACUACCUCCAAAACUGGGGGCCACGGUUCAAGAAACUGGCCGACCUGUAUGGUUCCAAAGACACGGCUGACAAUGAAGAUUCUUAACGCUCAGAACUCUUCCUUUUUGAACCCUUAAGAAAAUGUAGUACAUGGAGUGUACAACAAAUAUACUAUUAGUAAAAUUAUAGUAUACUAGUGUGGCUUCAGCAUCCUGUUGGCAUACUGAUCUCUUAAGGGGACUGAACUUGAAAGGAGAGAGGUUCUAGGGGCAAGCCAAAAGACAAAUCUUGGAUGGAUGUAUUGAUAAAAAGCAAAAUGUGUGUGAGACAUUGUGACAAAGAACAGCUCUGUAUUUUCUUUUUUUAUGAUAUUGACUAUUAUAGUAAUGAUUUUUAUUAUAAGGGGUGGCUUUAUUUAUUAAAGCCUUGUGGGUGCUGGGAAUCAGAACACAGGAAGAAAAGAAAUGUUCUCUAUACUGUGAAGGAGCUCACAAAAGGAAAAAAAAUGGUUGCCUUACAUUAAAAAGAGAACAAGCUGGACUAUUUCUGCAGUAUUCCUUUCAUCUAAAUUAACUAUCCUUCCUUUCAAUAGCUCUUUGUUAAUAUGAAGGACAGAAAAAGAGAUUAUCCUCUCUAUUUUCAAAUUUCAGAAGACAAAAUCCUUUCUCCCACCAAAUGAGUUAUCAAUCACAAAGAGAAAGCUGUGAGCUCAAAUAUCGCCUUAAUUAACGGACACUCCUGCAGCGCAGUGCAUUUUUUAACUUGAAAUACAAAUAUAUAUCUUGAAGCAAACUAAAAUCCAUGUAACACAUGUACAGUACAGUGUGCAAGUAUGUCCACAGAAGAUUGAACUUGCAAUUCUUGAUUCCUGUAAAUCUUUUUUAUUAUUAUUAUUAUUAUAAUUAUUAUUAUUAUUAUUAUUAUUAUGGGAUUUUUUUUUUCUUUCAGUUUUAACUUUUUCUCACUGGAGUAAAUUUCAUUAAAUAAUAUAUUCCAGUAAGAAAAACAAAUGUUCUGUCAUGUGAAAGGCACCUAAUUUCUAUGUCAAUUUUAUGGUACCUAUUUGUACAAUUUUAAAAGUUCUUAUUUUAGUAUACAUGCAGAUAUCAGUAUUUCAACAUGUAAGAAAUUGUUAUGACAUCACACUUAUAUUUUAUGAGCAUUGUACUGUUGCUUUAUUAAGUGCUUCAGUCCAAGAAGCAAUGACUUUGAAAUAAAUGCCCUUUUUAUAAAAGAAA